AUGCAGAAGUUUAUUCAGGCACGAGCUUUGAUAUACAGAAAAUUUGGUGACCCACGAGAGGUGUUGGAACUUGAAACUAUCAAUGUACCUGCUGAGCCGGGCAGAGAGGAAUGUCUUAUUGAAUGGCUAGCGUCUCCUAUCAAUCCGCUCGAUAUUAAUAGAAUCCAGGGCAAUUACGCAUUAAAAUCAGAACCACCUGUAAUAGGAGGAAGUGAAGGAAUUGGAAGAGUAGUGAAGACAGGAUCGGGGUCUCGUUUCAAAGUUGGUGACCACGUUACUAUUUUCUCUGCUGAAACUCCGUUUUGGACAGAGUACGGUAUUGUUAAUGAUGACGAACUUGUUCAUUUGGAUGAAAGAAUCCCAUUGGAUCUGGCAGCAACGCUUAUGAUUAAUCCUCCGACAGCAUGGAUAAUGCUGCAAAAAUAUGUGAAGCUUGAAAAAGGCGAUUAUGUCAUACAGAAUUCCGCAAAUUCGGGAGUUGGAAGAAGUGUGAUUGAAAUGUGUAAAGUUUUCGGAUACAAGAGUAUUAAUAUUGUGAGAAGUAGACCAAAUAUUGAACAGUUGAAAACCGAAUUAUGGAGAAUCGGAGCAGAUCAUGUGUUUACUGAAGAGGAAUUUAAAGAAACUUCUAAGAAAUUCCUGAAAUCAAUCAAAACCAGACCAAAGUUGGCAUUAAACGGGGUUGGAGGCAAAAGUGCAUUGCAAAUAAGUGCAGUGUUGGAAAGAUCUGGGACGUGUGUUACGUAUGGUGGAAUGUCGAAGAAAGCACACGAAUUCACCACUUCUGCAUUGGUAUUCAAUGAUAUUCAAGUGAGAGGAGUUGCGGUUGGAAUGUGGGCGAGAAGAGAGGAAAAUUUGGAUGAAUGGAAUCACUGUAUCGAUGAAGUUCAGAAACUAGCAGUUGCCGGGAAACUCACCGCCAUUCCAAUGGAAAAAAUCAGGAUGUCAGAACAUAAAAAAGCAAUCAAAAAGUCUCUGGAAGGAAGGAGUAUCAAACAACUCUUUAUCAUCAACUCGUCAACUUCCACGUCUUCUAACUCACACCUGUAA